ACUUUCGAAUUCAAUCUUAUGGGUGUGAUCCACUAUAAAUUGAGUCUGACGAACAGAUUGUUUGUGAUUUCUCUUCAGCAUCAUCACAAACGUUUGGUUUUUUUCCCCUCAGAAAAUGGCCAAUUCUUCUUCUUCAGCUCAAAGCAGUGUUCAAGAUAAUGUUGAAGACACUGAUAAUUCUUUAAAAGAAAGUCAGGGAAUGAAGGGAGAGGUUCACCAUCAUUUAGAGGAGAGCAUUCGUCCAUACAUUGACCUGAUUGACACUCUGCGCUCAUUUGGCAUCCAUAAGGACUUGGCAUUACCGACUAUCGUAGUGAUCGGAGACCAGAGUUCUGGGAAAAGCUCUGUGUUGGAAGCACUGUCUGGAAUUGCAUUACCAAGAGGAAGCGGAAUUGUCACUAGAUGUCCACUAGAGCUGAGGCUGAGGAACGUAACAGGUGGAGGCAGCUGGAAAGCUGUUCUGUCUUACCAUAAGAAGAAAACUGAAAAAAAUACUAAAGCAGUUUCUAACCAACUGGCAAGUUCAGCGAGCAAAAGGCCACGUUUGUCUUAUGAGGAGAAGAUAAUUGAAUUCGGGGAUCCUUCAUUAGUUGAAAAACAUGUUGAAGAAGCCCAGAAUGAGUUAGCUGGAAAAGGGGUGAAAAUUUGUGAUGACCUCAUCACUUUAGAGGUGAGGUCAGCAGAUGUGUGUGACCUCACACUGAUCGAUCUACCUGGAAUCGCUCGAGUCCCAGUGCAAGGACAACCACAAGAUAUUGGAAACCAGAUCAAACGUCUGAUCAUGAAAUUUAUUGAGAAGCAAGAGACUAUAAACAUGGUAGUGGUCCCUUGCAACAUAGACAUUGCAACAACUGAAGCAUUGAAAAUGGCACAAGAAGUAGAUCCUGAGGGCAUAAGAACUCUUGCCAUUUUGACCAAGCCAGACCUCAUAGAUACGGGAACCGAGAAGAAUAUUCUGGCCGUUGUCCAGAACAAAGUAAUUCCUCUCCGCAAAGGUUACAUCAUGGUGAAGUGUAGAGGACAACAACAGAUCGAUGAGAAAGUUCCUCUGGUGGAGGCGACACAAAUUGAGAGAGAUUUCUUCCAAAAUCAUAACUUUUUCAGACCCCUCUUGGAUGAGAAUAAAGCGACUAUUAAAUGUCUUGCUAUCAAGCUCACUCAGGAUCUUGUCAAUCAUAUUAAAAAAUCACUGCCAAAGCUUGACGAGCAGAUAAAAAAGCAGUUGUGGGAUGUGAGGAAUGAGCUGAAGGAGUGUGAAGCUGGACCACCACAGGACCCGAAGGGAGCCAAACAAUUCCUCAUUAAAGUAUUAACAAAAUUCAAUGAUAAAAUCAAGUCCUUAUCAUUAGGAGAGCUGAUGGAUAAGGAAAAUAUGUUUGUCCAGCUUCGGACUGAAUUCAAGAAGUGGAAUGAUGGUCUUAAUGAGACAAAGACAUCCUUUGACAGUUCGAAGGAGCUUAGGCAGAAUUACAGAGGAAGGGAACUGCCCGGCUUCAGCAACUACAGAAUUUUUGAGAUGAUUUUGCAGGAACGCGUGGCUAAACUUAAAAAGCCAGCCAUCGAAUCACUCAAUUCCAUUAAAGACAUAAUUCUCAAGCAAUUCACUGACGUGUCUCAACAAUGUUUCCGAAACUACCCUGUUCUUCUAAAUACCACUAUGAACAAAAUCGACAAUAUUCAGUCAAGCCAGCAAGACAAAGCGGAGCAGCGGAUCAUGGAUCAGUUUGAAAUGGAAAGCAUGAUUUACACUCAAGAUCCCAUCUACUUCAAGUUCUUGAAUGAGAUUAGCAACGAGCAAUUUUCAGAAGUGCAAUUACCUGUCCUUGAUAUAAAAAGCAAGUACAGUGAAAUGCUGCAGGCGUAUUAUGAGAUUGUGGUGCAGAGGAUGGCUGACCAACUGCCCAUGCUGAUCUCCUUCUACAUGCUAAAGGAGACUGCUCAGCUCCUGUGUACUGACAUGCUGAGUAUACUGGAAGGGGCAAACGUGAGCGAGCUCCUGUUUGAGGACUCUGAUGUCAGCAAAAGACGCAAACACUUGCAGUCUCGUCUGGGCCGUUUGACUGCUGCUCACGAAGAACUAGUGAUUUUAUUUGAGAGAUCAGAGGAUGUUAUCUUAGAUUAUACCUUCAUGUAGCCUAUUUGACAGCUUGAUCCAUGAAAAUCUUUUCAGCAUAUGAACACAUAUUAUCCAAACCUCCAUGUAACAGUUUUUCAAUAAUGUUAAAUAAGUUGGUGAUCUUUUUAAUACAGCCAACAACUUAAUCCAUAAAACUUUAUUCAGCAUAUGCAUUUUUGAUAUAUUGCUUGAUUUCUUUUGUUUCUUUAAACCAAAUACCUGCAGUGUAACCCUUUUACUGUAAUUUUCUUACGGAACAUGCUUCACAACUCCUUGUUCAAGCUCUUGUUCUGUCCAGGCUGGACUGUUGCAAUACUCUCUUGGCAGGUCUUCCAGCCAGUUCUAUCAAACCUUUACAAUUAAUCCAGAACGUGGCAGCAAGAUCAAUUUUUAAUGAGACAAACAGAAUGCACGUCACACGUCUGUUUAUCAGUUUGCACUGGCUACCAAUAGCGGCUCGCAUAAAACUCAAGGCAUUAAUGUUUGCCUACAAAACCACCACCAGCUCUGCAACCCUUUACCUAAAUUCACUACUUCAGACUUAUGUGCCUCUAGAAACUUGCGUUCUGCAAGUGAACGUCGCUUUAUUGUUCAUCCCAAAGAGACACAAAAUCACUUUCACAGACUUGUAAAUGAACUGUUCACACCUGGUGGAAUGACCUGCCCAACUCAAUCCGAUCAGCUGAGUCCUCAGCCAUCUUCAAGAAUCGGCUAAAAACACAUCUCUUCCAUCUUUAUUUGACCCUCUAACUCUAGCACUCUCUAUUCUAAUUCUAUUCUUAAAAAAAAAAAAAAAACUUGUCCCUUUUAGACUUGCACUCUAUUCAUUUACUGCUUGUUUUUCUUAAAAAAAAAAAAAACUUGCCCUUUUUAGACUGGCACUCUAUUCAUUUACUUCUUGUUUUCUUAAAAAACAAACUAACACUAGCUUGCUCUAUUCUUUUUCUAUUCUGUCUGUUUUCUUUUUAUUUAUUAUAUAAUUACAAAAAAAAAAAAAAACCUUGCUACGUGUACUGCGUUAAGCUAACUGAGACUUGUUAUAGCACUUGCAUAUCAUUGCUCUUUUGUUGAUUUUGAUUGCUUCCAUUGUCCUCAUUUGUAAGUCGCUUUGGAUGAAAGUGUCUUUUAAAUGACAAAAUGUAAAUGUAAUUAAUGACUGACUAUUAGCCUUUGGCCUUGUAAGUGCAUAACCUUGUAUUGAAUUCUGUAUCUGGCAGAAUACAAAUAGUUUUGAUUGUUUUCAUGUUGGUAGUAAUUUGUGUCCAAAAUAACAUUAAUGGGGCUAAAGGCCUCAGUGCCUCAGCUAUGUUAUGUGUUUUUCUCAUUACUUGUAUAAUUAAAAAUAUUUUUUCCUUA